UUAUUGGUGUCUAGUAAAUCUGACAUUUUGAAAAGAAAAUUCUCUUUGUAUACUGAAAGCAUUAAAAAUGUUUAAUACAACCAAUGUUUUCACUUGACUUGGCUGUAAAUAGCCUGUGGACAUAUUUUCAUGUACGUGAUCUCAUGCUUGUGUUUAUGAAAUUCUAACUCUUUUCCAGCUGCUUUGUGUGAUUAUUUGAAAGUUGGAUGAUGGCGAGGCUGACCACAAGCUUUCCCCUGAGAGGUGCUGCAUGUGUCCUGCAGGAGAGCAUGAAGCAGGGUCUUGUUCUGGACUCUAAUGAUGAAAUCAGAAGGACUCACCUGUGGUCAGGUGAAGCGGAGUCAUGCUGCCGGUGUUGCUGUUUGCUCUGAUGCUGAUUGAGUGGUGUGCCGGGGCACCUGCAGUAAGAGAGGUGUACAGGAUGCCGCAGAGCGCGCUGAAAGCUCUGUCUGACAGGGGUACGGUGGUGAUGGAGGCGGCGCUGACGCGUGCUCUCUCUGCGGUGGAUGGGGCGAUAGCACACAGGAGUAAAGCUGAGGCGGGCUGCAGGGGCUGCAUGCCUUGCCUGUUUCAGAACUGUGGACAGCGUUCAGGAGCAUGUGCUCCUCCAGAGUCGUUGCUGAUGGAGCCAAGCUGUGAUGUGAUUGGACGUGCUCAGAGUGUGUCUGAUGAAGGUGAGAGGAGCUGGGCACUGAGUCAGGCGUGCGGUUUCUACAGAACUCGCUGUGCCACCGCAGAGCUGCACUCCGACUCCUGCAUCAGAACAAUGGGAGAAAGCUGCAGUUCCAGGGUGCUACAGUGUAGUCUACUCAACACAAUGCAGAAUCUAGAGCCAGUCACACAGACCAGAACGCAAGCUGUGUGUGGUCAGCGAGUGUCAGUGGGAAGGAACCUGACCCAGCCACGCUCAAGGAUUGUGGGUGGUUCUCCGGCUCCCCCUGGCAGCUGGCCGUGGCUGGUAAACCUACAGCUGGAUGGGGCUCUGAUGUGUGGAGGAGUGCUAGUGGACAGCUCCUGGGUCCUUACUGCUGCACACUGCUUCGCUGGAAGCCGCAGUGACAGUUACUGGACGGCUGUAGUUGGGGAGUUCGACAUCACUAAGACUGAUCCUGAAGAACAGGUCUUGAAAGUCAACCGUGUCAUCACACACCCCAAGUUCAACCCAAAGACAUUUAAUAAUGACAUUGCCCUGGUGGAGCUGACCUCUCCUGUGGUUCUGUCAGACCAAGUAACUCCAGUCUGUUUGCCCUCUGGGAUUGAGCCUCCCACUGGUACGCCCUGUCUGGUGGCUGGUUGGGGGUCACUGUAUGAAGAUGGUCCAGCAGCUGAUGUGGUAAUGGAGGCUAAGGUUCCUCUGCUCUCUCAGGGCACGUGUAAAAGUGCUCUUGGUAAAGAACUGCUUACCAACACCAUGUUCUGUGCUGGCUACUUGUCUGGGGGCAUUGACUCCUGCCAGGGGGAUUCUGGUGGGCCACUAAUCUUCCAGGAUCGUAUUACUGGCCGGUUCCAGUUAUACGGGAUCACCUCGUGGGGUGAUGGGUGUGGUGAGAAGGGAAAGCCAGGUGUAUACACUCGAGUCACAGCCUUCACUGACUGGAUCCUCAGUGAAAUCCAGAAGUCCGUGGGGAGCAGGGAGCCCACAUGUCCGGAGCUUCUGAAGACAUCCGAGCUGUCGGAGGAGCAGCGGGAGUCAGAGUUUACCUCACUCUGCCGCUUCUACACCCUCAGCUGCCCUUCAAACCUCGACGCCACUGCGUGCCAGCAUCUAGCCCAGGACAAGUGCCGGAGCCGCUUCAAGAAGUGUCAGUUGCACUCAUUCUUGCAGAGUCUAUUGGAUCUGUUGCAAAGGGCAGAUGACUACAUCAGAGACAAAGUGGACCUGACCUUCUUCACGCAGAGUCUUCCUCAGCUGCUGGAACAGGUCUACAGUUCUGCAGUCACCACACGGACACGCAGACACACCCAUGAAGCAGAACAGGUAGGCCCCUCCUCCACACCUGCUGCUUCAGCCUGGACACCACCCUCUGUAUUUGAGCAGGUGGGCCCUCUAGUGGACGACUGGAAGAUGUACCUCAACAGCAUUGCUGAGAAUAUGGACCAUGAUGACCUGGAGAAAACACAGCAUCACUCUACAGAGGAGCAGAUCUUCCAGCAGGGAGGGGAGUCGACUCUUCAUCAGCUGGAGGGGGAUCUGCACUCCGCGAUCACCUUCCUUCACUCCAGUCUGGGGUCUCAUGCGUAUACAGAACCAGACAUACACUUCUACUGGACAAACACUCUGGAUUAUAAUACAGAGACUAAAAUUCCUCCCAGUGGAUCAGCCCAGCCCGUGUCAGAUCCACACUCUGAGGACAGCACACUCACACUGCAUAACUGGAGAAUUCUACUGCAGACGCUUAGUGGAGAAGAUACCAGAAAUGAAGAGGUUAAAGUGAGUAAGGCAGGAAGUGUAUCAAGCACUGUCACUCCUGGACAUGGUCUAUCUUCUGAGACCCCAGAACCCAAAGCUGAGGAGCUUUCUGCACUAUCCCAGGAGAACAUGCAGACACCUGUGGAGGAAGAAACUCAGAAAAUAACAUCAUCUAAUUCUGUGACAGAAGAAACAGUGGCAAGCUCAACCCCUUCCCUGUUUCCUCAGACGUCCUCCCAAAGAAGGAAGAAUGAACAUCUGCAAAAGAGGCGGAGGAGAGAUCUGCGUGAGAGACAGACACGUGGAAUUGGCAAUAAAGUGUGUCCUGGGGUCACUGACUCAGCACAACAGGUCAUCUUUACCAAGCAGACUUACAGCUGGAUCCUGGAUAUCACCCCCAGCAACCUCAACAUGAACUUCCAAGAGGUGCUGGUUGAUCUCACCACAAAAAAUGAAAGAGGCCUAUACGAGGCCCGGGUCAAGGCCAGCGUAGGAGGACGACCCUUGACCUUUUACAGUUUCGUGGGCUUGGAGAACGAGUCAUUCUACCGCAGCAUGCCUCGCAUCAUUGCUCUCGCGCUUGAUGCUCUUAAAACUUAAAGCUCUCCUCAAACUAUAACUUGUCACUGCGUGAUGACUACGCUACAGUCAUUCCCUCACUGUGGGAAGAGGUUGAUGGCAGCAGACGUCAGGAACUCCUCUUCAGUGAGGAUUCUGAGGUUGUGUGAUUUUCUGAUGAGCAGGAGGAGUAAUGCAGCGUGUUCUCAUGAGGCCUGAAAGCCGUUCUGCAGUUCUGCAUAUCGUGGCGUCAUGUGCUAAGAAGCAUGGGUUGUUUAUUGUUGUUUAAAAUGUUUAUUUAAAGAACCAUUGAAAGGUUCUUCAAGGAACCAGUUGGAUUAAAAGGAUUCUUUAAAAUGAGGGACAAAGUGGAAUAUCAGACUUGAAGAAGGACAAAUGGACUAUGCUUAAACCUGGACUGAUGUCACAAUCGGCAUGUGGUCAUUGUAAGGACUUCCUCCUCCUGUGUUUUUACUUUACUUGAACAGUAACACCAGCCACAAUGGAAUUCUGGGAACCAAACUAGUUCCAAUAACUGAGAACAGCUGUUCCAGGAUCCUGUGGUUGCAGAUACAGACCCUAUGGAAGCAUGUUUUUUCUGAAUGUACUGAAAGACCUCACUAAGCAGUUUGGGUCAUGUGACCCUCGCUAAUUUAUUCUUUGAAAACUUCUGUCGAGCAGGAGCAAAAUGUAGUGUUUUAUUUGUUAUUAUAUAUUUAUUUGUAUAGAGAAGAUUUGUAUUUUUGUAAAAAUAAAAAAGUUUAAGCAGUAUGCAAAUUA